UAAUGUGUACAUUUGAUGGUCAUGAACAUGAGUAAAUUAUUGGGUUUUGUGUGAACGAGAUUUGUACAAAAAUUCCUUAAUUUUGCCUAUAAUGUCUAAAAGAAAGACAUAAAAAUCAUGUAGAGGAUUGCAAAAAUUUUCAAUAAUAUUAAGAUAUAGCAAUUAAGUCAUUAAAACAAUAAUAAAAAGAACUAGAUGAUUUAGAGAGAGUUUAUAAUACUAUUAAAAAAGCUUAUAAAUAACAUAGCUAAAAUUUAGUAAGCGAUAUCUCUAAAACACAACAAUUAAUUGAGAUGUUCUCUCAAAGAUAAUAUUAUGAGAUCAAGUCUAUGAUAUGUACCUUAAAUUAAUCAUAAAUAAGUUUAAUCCCUAAAACUUAAUGUAUGAGUUGACAAAUAUUUCUAGAAAAUUUUAUAUCAUUUAUCUAAACUAUUGAUAAUGCUAUUAGAGGGUUGACAAAGCCAAACUUCAUCUAAGAAUUUGCAUAACAACCCAGAUAAUAUUAGGGCGAUAAAGUUAGUGCACAAGAAUAAUUUUAAUAAGGUGAAAAUAAAUUUUAAAUUUUAAGGUAUGAAACUAUGGGAUUAACAAAACUUCUCAGAAGCGUUACAUUUCUUUAAUGAAUCUAUAAAAAAUGAUCCUUCCUUAGAUGAUGUUUAUAGAUGGAAAGGUUGAAAAUUAUUGUUAAUUUAUCAGGUCGCACUCUAAUAAAAUUAGGAAGAUUAAAUGAAGCAUUAGAUGCAUGCAAUAUCGCAAUUUAGAUCAAUCCUUAAAAUGAUUUAGCUUAUACUACAAAGGGUAUUAAUAUUUUAAAACAUUUAGCUUUGGCACUAUUUGAUUAAAGACGAUAUGAUGAUGUCAUACUUUGGUGUGAUAAAGCUCUGAAAAUAAAUCCAUAAAAUGAUGCUGCAUUUAUAAAUAAAGGUUUAUCCAAUAUAUUUUAUAUAUUAUAUAGGACUUGCAUUAGGUCGUUUAAGAAGAUAUCAAGAAGAACUUAUGUGUUAUGAAAAAUCAAUUGAGAUUAACAGAAAGAAUGAAACAGCUUAUAUAAAUAAAGGUUUUGUAUAAAUUUACAUUUUUAGGUUGUGCCUUAAAUCGUUAGAAGUAAUACUAAGAAGCAAUAUAAUGUUGUGAUGAACUUCUUUAGAUAAAUUCAUAACUUCAUCAAGCCUAUUCUAUAAAAGGGAUUGCGCUACAUGAAAUGAAGAAAUAUAAGGAGGCUAUAAAAUAAUUUGAUAAAGCUUAUUAGAUUUCAAAAAAUGUUGAGUAUCUAGUAGCUAAAGGUAUUUAUAAAAUCUAAUUUAUAGCUGAUACAUUAUUUGAUUCAGGUUAAAAGAAUAAAUCUAAAUAAUUUUAUAUCGAAGCUAAAAAGAAUGGGUAUCAAGAUAUCUAAUAUCUUGAUGAGAAAAUAAGUUAAAUUUGAC